UUGAAAGUCCAUUGUUUUGAAUGAGUUGUGAAAUGGUUUUCCCCCCCAAAAAAGGAUUAUUUUCCUUUUUGUUUGAUGUGAAAAAGUCAGGUUUUAUUCUUCAUGUGGUCAUAUAUUUGUCAUGUUUGAAUUUGUUGAAGAGCUCAUUCAUGUUUUACUAUGAAAUGCAGUUUUAAUGUAAGUUUGUAUUUCAUGCGCUUGAGUUUUUGUUUCAGAAUCAGAUUUUGUAAUACAUAUAAACAAGUGUUGUGCUCAACUUGUCAGAAAUUAAGUUGCUUGCAUUAUUGGUUUGGACUGUGAGGUUACUUGUAAAAUGUAGCAAAUUGGUAAAUCAGAAAAUAUGAAAAUAGUGUCGGAAAAUUUCACUCCUUUCAUUUGAUCUGAUCUUUCUAUUGAACUCGAAAACAAUGUGUAUAUCAAUGGACAAUUCACAGUCCAGGAAUAAUAUUACAUUUUCCACCUGACCUUUGACCCCAAAGGUCAUGACACAGACGACGAUAUGGACUAUACCAUGGAUCUUCCUGAUGACUCGAGGGCAGCACGCCCAGACACGGAGAGAAGCUCGCCGUCUGCCAGCGACAGCCGACUACCGGCCUUGGAAAUUGGACAAGCCUUGAAGGCUCGUGGCCAGAUGCUCCCCGAAAGCGACGAUGAUUCUAGCUCCUUGGGCUCCGACGCCGACAUCCCCCUCUUAUCGGGCCGAGGCCACACCCCUUCCACUCGGGCCACGCCCAGCCACAAGAUCCUGAGCGUGAUCAGUGACGCCGAGCUGCGACGCAUGACGCUGGCCAGACCGGCCCCGGGAGGGCGCUAUUCGGGCAGGUCACUGCGCAACGCCAUCACGGCGCUGCAGAAGCAGAUAGACAAGCAGGAUCCUGUUGAGGAAUUCAAGGUGCUACGUAACGUCAAACUAACAGACAACUGUGAGGAAGCCAAGAAAGCCGUCAACAAAGACAAGAACAGAUAUCGCAAUGUACUUCCAUACGACGAGACCAGAGUUGUGAUCGAGCAGGCUGGCUGAAGCAACUACAUCAACGCCAGUCACAUUGACGUCUUGGUGGGUAAGGACACCCACCGCUACAUC